AUGUCGCACCUAAACAGCCAAACAAGGCUUCCGACGGAGCGGCCAGAUUUAAGCGACUGGUCUAAUGAUGACCUCGUGAAAAUGGUCUCAGAAGAAUCAGUCUCCCCACUCAGUGCCUCUGAAUACAAAGGACCCCUCAAUGAAUUACACCAACAAGGUCGUGUUUGGAAGGAAAGCGAGUGUCAUGGACUUGGCACCUUAGACCAUUUAUCAAAGGAAAUCAUCGACAUGAUUAUCGAUAACCUCAACUUGCGAGACACGAUGAACUUCUCUCUCAGCUGCCAUGAAGCAAACCAUACCGUCAAACGAGCUAGCCCACUGGACUUCAUCAAACGAUGGGCACCUGCAAUGCCAGAGAUACUGCAAAUGACAAAGACCGAAGGCAAAUGGUCAAUUGGACAGUUGAAAGCAGCACUCCGAAGGUCCAAAUGCGUCUCAUGCGGGGAAACUUGUGGCCAUCUCUUCCUACCCACAUUGGAGAGAAUCUGUAUCGGCUGCGCGCGGUACAACCGGGCCUAUCAUUGUUAUCCAUUGGACGAUAUCAUGGAGAUCUUCGCCCUCGAUAUCAAUGACUUUGACAACAUUGACCCGAUCCACGACCCACGAGGGGAUGAUGGCGCUGUUUUCGCCUGGCUGGUUCCUAUCAAAUCAGCCCUUUCAACUGCUCUUGACUUGUAUGGGUCGCGACAAGGCAUUAAGAAUGCGGCGGAAGGGUUUCUGGACACAUAUGACAAUGCCGCAGGUCCUGACGAUGAGGAAGAUAUGAGCAUGGAAGAUAUUAUCCGCGCGACAUCCUUGGAGCCUCCUACUCCGACGCAAUUGCGCAAACCUUUGAUCGUGGAGCCAAGCGAUAUCGACGAGAACUUUCUGUUUUUCAUCAUGGAGGCCAAAGUGGUGCCUCGAGGAGAGCAUGAGUUGGAAAUCUUCUGGUGCGGAGCCUGUCGAGCGAUUCUGGAAUUGUCCCUGGACAGCCUCACCACCCACCAAUUGGAACUCAUGGGGCUUUCCCCUGAGAUCGAUGAGAUCGAGUUUGAUGUAGUGAUGUACCGCCGGGCCUUUUGUGCCCGGUCUCGAAGAGAGAUGUGUCGUCAUAUCUUGGGAGACUGCAUUGCAUCCUGGUAUUUGAUCAACCAGAUGCAGAAUCAGAACUAA